CCAGCUUUGAGCAUUCGCUUUUGUGCUCUGUGUUCCUUAGUUUCUUGGGAGAGAGUUUGUCUUCUUGGUGGAUUUACAGUUUCCAAUUCAUGAAGUUCUUGUGCAUGUUUAUUUUGCAGAUGCAUACAUAUCGAACUUCAAUUUCUCGAUCAGUUGAAACGAUGUGUAAAUGCUAUCGACCAUAGCUUGAGGUGAACUAUCGACUUGCCAAAUGCAGAGGUCCGACAUCUUUCGGAGAGACAUUGUGAACUAGUUAUUCUGACAAGUAUCUUGAUUAAUUCAUAUAAAAAGUAAAAUAGUCUCAUAUUCAAAAUAACAGAGUGUUUAUCUCAAAAGAACGAAGUUAAAGUUACGACGAAUUUAGUAUAAAUUUUUCUUUGAUUUGUACUAAGAACUGCAUUUUCCGUGUUAGGCAAACGCAAUUUAUUUACAAGGGCAACAUGUAUACAAGUGUGGAUGAAGUAUGUGUAGCAAUUGACAAACUGAUGCUGCAAAAUUUGGAAUUGAUCGAACAAAAGGUUGUAGUCACUGUACAACUAGAAGGAUUAUUACGUGAUGGUCAUAUCAAAUUAGCUAAGGCUCGGUAUAUUCAAGGAAAGGAAAAUAUUGGAGUACUGCAAAUUCCUACUGAAGACGUACAAAUGAAUUCGCUCUUUGAACUUGAAACUUUUAUAAAGGACGAUAAGAAGGAAGAUGAAGCUAUACACUUUGAUAUCUGUAGAAAGGAAACAGGACCCAACAAAAAAGAACCUCAAGAUCCUAUCAAGUGGUUUGGCGUGCUUGUACCCCAGAAUUUGAGAGACGCACAAAAACAAUUUCAAUCAGCAUUAUAUCUAGCUGUACAGAGUGCUAAUAUAAGUGCUAAAAUGAUAACAAUACCAGAAAAACUUGACCACUUAAAAAAUAUAAAAAAUAAUUUUUUAAAGGAAGAAGAAUAGUUUCUAAAAAAGUUGGAAAAAGAUUUUGUAUUAUAUUGCAUCAGUCAUUCCUGAAUAAAAUUGAGUUAAAUUAUUAUAAAUAUUGUAAAAUAUGUAAAAUAUACAGAAAUAUUAAGCU